GGGGUGGGGCUGUCGUAAGGGAAGCCUAGCCGAACUGAUUUGUCCCUCUCCGCUCUCCGUCUGAAAACCUUGGCCGAAAGGGUCGUAGACAUGGCGGCCAUCAGGAUGGGAAAACUGACAACCAUGCCUGCAGGUCUGAUAUAUGCAUCUGUAAGUGUACAUGCAGCCAAAGAAGAGGAAUCCAAAAAGCAGCUAGUGAAACCAGAGCAGCUCCCCAUAUAUACUGCACCACCGCUCCAGUCUAAAUAUGUUGAAGAGCAGCCUGGUCAUUUACAAAUGGGCUUUGCUUCCAUCCGCACUGCAACUGGUUGUUAUAUUGGCUGGUGCAAGGGUGUUUAUGUCUUUGUGAAAAAUGAGAUAAUGGAUACAGUACAAUUUGGAAAAGAUGCUUAUGUCUAUCUGAAGAAUCCUCCUCGAGAUUUUCUUCCGAAAAUGGGAGUUAUUACAGUUUCAGGAUUGGCGGGCUUGGUUUCAGCGAGAAGAGGUUCCAAGUUUAAGAAAAUUACUUAUCCUCUGGGACUGGCCACUUUAGGAGCAACUGUUUGCUACCCAGUUCAGUCCAUAAUAAUUGCUAAGGUAACAGCGAAAAAGGUAUAUGCUAUAAGCCAGCAAAUUUUUGGAGCAGUUAAAUCAUUGUGGACAAAAAGCAGCAAAGAAGAGUCACUCCCUAAACCUAAAGAAAAAACUAAGCUAGGAUCCUCUUCCGAAGUAGAAGUACCUGCAAAAACAACUCACGUCUUGAAACACUCAGUGCCCUUGCCAACAGAACUCAGCUCUGAAGCAAAGACCAAAUUAGAAUCCACCUCAGGUGCAACACAGUUUAUGCCUGACCCCAAGCUCAUGGAUCACGGGCAGUCCCACCCAGAAGAUAUAGAUAUGUACAGCACUAGAAGCUGAAGUAGACUGCAUACAGAGACUACACAGAAAACUACAAGAUGUGUGACGUUGCAAAUAAUGAUGAAAAAAAUCAUGUAAUGGGUAACUGAUACAUAGAGUAUUACUUAAACCAAGUUUUUCCCUUACAUCUCCAAAUGUGCAAUUUGAUAAAUUACAUAAGUGGUUAACACACAAACUGUGAAUGCAAUGCAAACAAUAUUGAAUGAUUGAUGAGGAGACUUAGGAAGAAGUAUUAGCUUGCAUUUGAUGACCUUUAAGGGCACUUAAAAAAAAAAUGAAGACAUGAAUUCUAGUGAGAUUAAAAUCUAAAAAUACAUAUAUAUGUAUAAAGACAUACAUAUUUAUACAUAUAAACAUGUAUUUCUGCUCUAGCUUUCCCAGAUUAAUGCCAGUUAAAUUAGAAUGGUGUAUGGAAAGGUGUGUUUCCUCUGUUUUUUUUUUUUUUUUUUUUUUUCCAUUUCCUAGAGCUGGAAUAAAAUAUUCAUGUUUUAUGGGACUUGAGCUUGGCUUUGUCCCUUGGUUUUGUUGAUGUUAAUUCCUCUUAAAUAUCUAAAAACAUCUCUACCUAUUUGAGAGGGCCAUAUGCUACACAGGCUUCCUAAUACUGCUUAGCAAUCCUUCUGCUGGUUCCUAAGUGGUUUACUAUUGUGUUCCCUGGAAGAGGUAUUACAAACGUUUUAUUCUCCUCAAGCCUCUUAUAACUGUCAAAGUUGACUGUGCCUCCUAUUUCAUAGAGAAAAAAGUAAAUUAUUAGACAUGACCAUUCCCAAAACUUCUUCCCAUCUACCUUCAAAACUUACCUCUUUUCAGCCAUGCAUCCCCCUUUUCUAAGACAUGUUUCUCUUUGUGUUCUUGACCUCAUUCCUUCCCAUCUAAGACCAUAUUCCACCCUGUUUAAUUUCUAGUCUUUGGUUUCUCUUUUUACUAGUUUCUUUCCUCCACCUCUACAUAGCUGCAGGUCUUCUCUGUCUUAAAUCAACAAUAACAAAACAAGACAAAAACCUUUCCUUAACUUGGCCUCUUCCCUUGAACUAUUUUUUCUCUCUCCUUCCUAUAAUUGUUAUACUUCUUUAAAAAGUAAUUGUUACUUUUUGACCAAAGUAAAUAUUGUCCCUUUUUCCCCUACUUUCAAGUCCUCUCUAUCUUGUGACAUUCUGGCCUCCAUACCUGCUUAAUUUUUUUUGAGAUAGGGUCUUGCUCUGUUGCCCAGGCUGGAGUGCAGUGGCACAAACACAGCUCACUGCAACCUCCACCUCCCAGGAUCAAGCAAUCCUCCCAUCUCACCCUCCCAAGUAGCUGGGACUAUAGGCACCCACCACCAUGCCUAAUUUUUUGUAUUUUUGGUAGAGACAGGGUUUCACCAUGUUGUCUAGGCUGGUCUCGAACUCCUGAGCUCAAGCAUCUGUCCGAAUCAGCCUCCCACAGUGUUGGGAUUCCAGGCGUGAGCCACCGCACCCAGCCCCUACUUGAAUUUUUAUGUCAUUAUUGACUCUUCACCACUCUCUCCUUGAAACUCACUUAUCCCUUUGCUUUCUAUUUUUCCUGCUUUUGUUAUUCUUCAUUUUUCUUCUCUUGCUCUGAAUCCCUUAAAUGCUGAGGCUGCUCAAGUUUCAUCCCUAGUCCUAUUUUCUUAUUCUAUAUGCACUCUCAUUUUCAUUUAACAGACUUCACUGGCUUCAGGCACCAUUUGUUUUAUUGUUCAUAUUUUCAGUCCCCAUAUCUCUCUAGUGCUGUAGACCUUUAUUUCUACUUAUUAGUUAUAUUCACCUAACAUCUCAUAGAUAUGCCAAUGUCAAUGUGCCUAAAACAAAAUUGUCUCUACCUCCCGCUCCUUCAAAUCUAUUCUGUCUUCUCUAAUCCUAUAAUUACUGUCCCUCAAGUCAUCAUCAUCACUUUUCUGGGUUACUGUAAUAGCCUUCAGGCUAAUUUGCUCACUGUCAAUCUUGCUCUCUCUCAUUUCAGAAUAUGUUCUGCUUGCAGGUGACAGUAAACUAGUUAAACAAAUAUUUAAUAUUAGCUUAAGCAAAAAAAAAAAAAAAAAAGGCCUAUCCUAUUUAUAGCCUAGAAUUAGGCAGUAUAGUGUUGGGACAGUGGCUCAUUGGUGCUAUCAAGGACGUAGACUUUUUCUCUUUCCACUCUGUCCUCUACAGCAUGCUGGUUUGUUACCUCAUGGUCACAAGAUGUCUGCUGUACCUCCAGGGAGCAGAUACACAUUCAAAGUAGGCAAUAGCAGAUAAAAAUGUACACAACAUCCAUCUGACUCCCUUUUAUCAGAAAAGUAAAUGCUUUCUUAGAAUCUCCUCAGAAGACCUCUGUGUAUAUCUCAACCAGUACUUGUCAUAUAGCCACACACUUAGCUCAAGGAAGAUAGGGAAUGGGGAAAUCAUGUUUCUUUUCCCCUGUGGUGAGGAAGGCAAGGGGUAAGGGGUUGGGAACAGGUGUUGAGUGAAAGCUAACAUACAGAAUCUGCUACCCUAUUCUUGUAACCCAUUUGUCUAUUAUGACAUAGUUGUCUUCCUGACAACUAUAAUGAAUAGUUGUCUUUCUGAAAUCUUUAGUGGCUCAUCAUUGCCUGCAGAAUCAAAACUCCUUAGUUUGAUAUACAAGGCCCUUCAUAUCUGAUUCCAGCUUACCUUCUAAUCCUAUCUUCCCUCUCCUUACCCACCCUACUGCUAAUGUGUAUUAUAUUGUCUUUAUGAUAUACCAUUUGUUUCUUGAACAUGCUUUGCUCAUUAUUGCCUCUUUCUCUGCCUGUGCUAGUGUGUCCUCCUAGAAUGUUCUUCCAUCUUAUCCUGCUCUACAUUCUAACUUCUACCCAUCCUACAAGUCCAAUUCCAGUGUCGUGUUCCCUUUCUCAAUCCUCCAGGGUAGAAUUUAGAUGUUCUCUCUUUCAGAGAUAGGUCUUGCUAUAUUGCCCAGGCUGGUCUCAAACUCAUGGCCUUAAGCGAUCUUCCCACCUCAGCCAACCAGACAUGAGCGACUGUGCUCAGCCUAUUUUAAAAAAUUGGAGGUAUUUGAUAUGGCCGGGUAUGGUGGCUCACACCUAUAAUCCCAGCACUUUGGGAGGCCAAGGUGGGUGAAUCACCUGAGGUCAGGAGUUCGAGACCAGCCUGACCAACAUAGUGAAACCCUGUCUCUACUAAAAACACACACAAAAAGUACAAAAUUAGCUGGGCGUGGUGGCUCAUGCCUGUAAUUCCAGCUACUUGGGAGGCUGAGGCAGGAGAAUCACUUGAACCCGGGAGGUGGAGGCUGCAGUGAGCCGAGAUCGUGCCAUUGCACUUCAGCCUGGGCACAAGAACAAAACUCAAUCUCAAAAAAAUAAAUAAUUAAAAAUAAAGGUAUAUAAUAUGUCUUAGAUUUGUUGAAAUAUGAGUGUGUUUGAGAUCUGAUCCAAGGUUUUAAAAAAUUCAUUUCAAAUACUGGAGAUAAAUUCUGAGGAGCUUACUUAUGAAAAACUAGCAAGUGAUAGCUGGUAUUUACAGAUAUGGUACUUAUACAAUUUAUGUAAUUAAUAUUUUCUUACAGACAAGGUUCCUUGUGGGUAUCACUGAAUAAUUUUUGUGUACUUUCUAUGCCCAUGAAGUGCCUGGUAGGUAGUAGGAACUCACAUGUUCUGCUAUGCUGCUUGCAGCACAGGACACAAAAGUUAGAAUUAUUUCAAAGGAAUUAUACUCUACUAGGAAAGAGAGAAACAUAGAAAUAUAGUGUUGUAUGUGGUAUCUUCCCUAAGAUAAGUACAACCAAAGAGCUAUGGAUGUUCAGAGAUAGAAUGUAGUACUGGGAUGAUGUCAAGGAGGCAGUGGUACUUAAGCUGCUCAAGGUAGGGAAGCAGUUUACUUGCUAGUUUUUCAUAAGUAAGCUCUUCAGCAUUUAUUUCCAGUAUUUGAAAUGAAUUUUUUUAAACCUCAGAUCUGAAUAUAUUCAAGCACCCAUUCAUCAAAUCUAAGGCAUAUCAUAUACCUUUAAUUUAAAAAAAAUGCUGAGCAGAGUUGCUUAUGUCUGGGAGGCUGAAGUGGGAGGAUUGCUUGAGGCCAAAAGUUUGAGACCAGCCUGAACAACAUAGCAAGAUCCUGCCUCUAAAAACAAACAAAAAAUGCUGCCAGUUGAUCAUUACAUUUAUCCCAACAUCAGAUAUGUCAAAUUGUGAAAAAAGAAGCAUCUUAAUUUUGAUGAAAUAUGGUAGGUAAAAAAUAGCGCAAAGCUAAGUAUAAGUGACUUUUAAAUUAUCUGCUCUUUUGGAUUAUCACUACUGCUACUAGCCGUUAGAAUAUUGGUUUGGAUAAUGGAAAGUUGACUAGAGCUACAAAAUCUGUUUCAAAAUAAAAGAUCUGCUCAAACAAUAAUGUGAUGAUCACUUGCUGUAUUGUACAACAAAGUCAAACUGCUGUUAGACUCAGGUGACAGUCAAAUGUUGGAGGCUGUGUUGGGAUGAGUUGUUACAAGGCCUCUUUCAUUCUUCCCAUGCUAUGUCCAGGAGUUCUUCUCUGUUAAACCUGAAGAGAUGCCAGCCCUCCUUAGAGGAAAGGUCUAAAGCCCCUCGACUAGUAUAGUAGUCGAUAGAAGCCUGGUUCCAAAUGACGACAAGAAAGUGCAUGCAGUUACAUUGAGUUCUGAUGGCUAUCUGUUUAAAAACAAACAAGCAAAUAUUACUUUCAUUUGAAAGUAUAAUCUUUGUUAACAUAUGUUUUAUUGAAGGUCUACUCUAUGCAAGACACUAUGUGUGAAUAAUACUUCCAAAUUUAGUAGUUAUCUUUUGAACUUUUCUAUAGCUGUAAAAAGAAAAAAGUCUCACUGUUCUGAGCUUUAAAGCCCUCUUUAAAAUCUCAAAACUGAUUUGCAAAGCCUUUAUCGUACAGAAAAGGUGUACCUAAAAGAACACAUGUUCUCAUAUGUUUCCAAAGUACAAGAAGAUCUUGCUUUUAUAGUCUUGUAAUAUUCAUACUGUGAGCCUGUUUUUUUGAAUAAAAAUGCUUUCUAAUCUCCCUCCUCCUUACUUUUACUUGAUAGCAAAAAGGGUGUAUAGUGUGGUUGUGGAUUAUAUAUAAAUCAAUUUUAAUUGACUAUAACUCAUAUACUCUAUGAUCAUCUGAUUUGAAAAUACAGUUUAAUUUGGGUAGAAAUUUGAAGUAUAUGCUGGGGUUAUGUUCAAAUGGUGAGAUUAAUGCUUUAAUUUAUGCCCUGUGAAUAUUUAUUGAAGAAAAGGUUAAUGUAUAGAAUAUCAAUACUAAUUGUAAUACAUACCUGACUUAGCCUCUUCAGCAUUUCAGCUCCAAUACCUAGGCCUUUUAAAUAGACAAUGCAAAAUGAAAACUGCAAAUUUCACUUAACUAGUUAUUUGCUUUAGUUUAAAAUAAAUAAUAUCUAAAACUCUG